AUGAGUUAUGUGGCAAAAUGUCGAAAAGCGACAGCAAAGCGGGUGGAGAGGAAAUAUGCUUGCCCAAGCUGCGACGCAAGAUUUCCUUUUCCAAAUAAAUUACGCCUUCACAUCAAUUCAAAUCACUCUUUAGCAAAUGUUUGCGAACUAUGUCCAGAACGUUUUAAUCGUUUCAACGAAUUACGCACGCAUAUGCGUCGUGCUCAUCAAAUCGUGCAUCAAUGCCACUUAUGUGCAUAUUCAUCCAGUGUCAAAGCGGAACUGAGAAAGCACGUUGUCAAAUGUCAUGAAAAUGGCGUUCGCUGCACAGUUGAUGGAUGUGAUGCAACAGUAGCUUAUAAUAGAUUGAGACGGCACAUCAAAGAAGCUCAUUGUGGUAGCCUUCAAGGUGGUUUGAUUGUGGAUAAUCGGAUGCCGAGAGAAUCGUCAGAGCCUGAAAACAAUCUUUCUGAAGAUCUCAUAGAAGUAGAGUUUUCUUCAACAGCAGAAGGAUCAACUACUACGAAUGCUUUCUCUCGUAUGGAAUUCGUCAAUAACUUUCAGCCGAUGGAGAAGAUGCAGAAACUUGCUAGCAAUCAUGUUUCACCAGAAGUAUUACCACGGGAUGCAGAGGCGUCUACUCAUCGUCUGUCCUUGGCAGUACAGCAUGAUGGAACGACAGCUGAAAAUGAAUUUAGUGAUUGCUGUGGUGGGGUUCAAUUUGGAAAGGCAAUUGAAAUGAAGGGAAUUAAUUCCGAAAAUAUCUAUCAGGAAAAAUCUCAGGAAGUGUCGAGCGAACCAAAUGGUUUGAAAAGAGAGGACAAAACAAUGUCUAGAAAAAUAUCACUCGGCUAUACCGAAACAGGUGGAUAUGAAUGCCAAAAAUGUGGGAAGAUUUUUCAUAAUGUUUAUAAUUCCCGGCGACAUUGGAAUCGCGUGCAUCUUAAAAAACAUGUGGAAGCAGUCAGGCUAAAAAAAUAUGAGUGCAAAAUUUCGGAAUGUACACAACGCUUCUCAUGCCCUUCGAAACUUCAAGAUCAUAUGUUGACUAUACAUAGCGAAGAUGCUCCAUUCGACUGUGAAACAUGCAACAGGAAAUUCAGCAGCCGUGCAUCAUUUGCUAUUCAUUUGAGGCGCUACCACUUAGUGAGUAUUCGAAAUGUACCAUAUGGAUUUACGGAUGGAAUUGGUGUUAGUUCCGUUAAUGUUUCGAAUGAAAUUCAUAUUAGUGCUAAAGAUAACGCGUCUGACGCUGAUAUUGUUGUUACUAAUAAUAUAUUCGCAAAGGAAUAA